AAGUAUUAUUAGACACUUCACCACCGUAUGUUCCCCCUCCAAUCCAUUCUAUCCUCGCCGUCUUUCCUCCAUCCACCGUAUCCCCCCCCCCCCCCCCCCCUCUCUCUCUCUCUCUCUCCAAGUAUGGAAUCGAUGCCGGUGAAUUGGGAAGCUCUGGACGCCCUAGUCAUUGACUUCGCCAAAUCCGAAAACCUAAUUGAUGACUCGGGAGUCUCCUCUUCUUCGUCUCCGUCUCCGUCGUCUUCACCUUCGUCUUCGUCGUACCAUUCCCGAUUGCUCAUUCGUCAGGUUCGACGGUUGUUAGAGGCUGGCGACACGGACGUCGCACUGGAUCUCCUCCGUGCCCACGCUCCUUCUGUCCUCGAUGAUCACCGUCUCCUCUUCCGGUUACAGAAGCAGAAAUUUAUUGAGCUGCUGAGGAGAGGAACUGCCGAGGGUCGUGAUUCUGCAAUCAAAUGCUUGCGGACAGCGGUUGCGCCUUGUGCCCUCGAUGCCUAUCCGGAAGCAUAUGAAGAAUUUAAGCAUGUUCUUCUCGCCUUGAUCUUUGACAAAGAUGACCAGACCUCUCCAGUCGCAAAUGAGUGGUCUGAAAGGAGAAGGUUUGACAUUGCUGGGUCAAUAUCUUCUGUUUUAAGAGCUCAUUUGCAUGCAUAUGAUCCAAUCAUUUCGAUGACUCUGAGAUAUUUGAUAAGCAUACACAAAGGAUUUUGCUUACGUCAAGGAAUUUCAUCACCCAUUUCAGAUCUUAGUGAGAGGUUGCUCCUUGAGGAACGUGAUCCCGCUGCAACACCCCAGGAGAGUUUGUAUGAGGCUCCUCCAUUUGACGAGGUGGACAUACAAGCCCUCGCACAUGCUGUAGAGCUAACAAGACAAGGGGCUGUUGAUAGCCUGAGAUUUGCCAAGGGUGAUUUACUACAAGCAUUUCAGAAUGAAUUAUGCCAGAUGAGAGUGGAUGUUUCGGUGCUUGAUGAGCUUGUUCAUGAGUAUUGUGUGUACAGGGGUAUCGUGGACUCUGGUCUUGCAUCCCAUCCUGCUCCAGGAAUGCAAAUUUUGCCUGGUCCUUGUAAAGUUAAUCAGCCAGAGCCUGAAUAUGGUUCAUCAAGAAACAGUUAUCUUGAAUUUGAGUGUGCCACCAGCAAACAUUCAGAUGGUGAAUCUUCCAUUACUAAUGCUCACAUGGACGGUUCUCCUGAAAUUAGUACUGAUGUGGUGAGCAUGCAAUGUAUGGAUUCUGAAGAGCGAUACCCUUUUGAGACGAGAAACAAUCAAGAAGACUGCAGCACCAGUGAUACCAAUCAGCUUGUUAUUUCAAGGGUGCUGCAAAAAAAUAGAAGUCUUGGACUUAGGGAAAGGGGCAAACGAAAGCGCUGGAGAGGGAGAGAAGAGAAGCUUGAUGUCACUCCUGAAGUCAUCAGUGGAAGCAGCAACCAAGAGCUUAGCACUGCAACACUGUCCAGCACCAUGUCCUCAAAGGAACAACAGGUUUCUGGUUCACAUAUCGCAAUGGAUGUAAAAAGCAACCAGGAGGAUAAGUAUGAGAUUGUGCUCGGAGUGAGGGAACUAGCUAGCAGAGGAAUGGCUGCGGAGGUUGUGGAAGAAGUAAAUGCCAUGGACCCACACUUUUUCAUGCAAAAUCCACUUUUGCUAUUCAAAUUUAAGCAGGUUGAAUUUUUGAAGCUUGUCAGCUCCGGUGAUCAUUCUAGUGCACUAAAGGUUGCCUGCUCUCAUUUAGGUCCUUUGGCAGCUAGUGAUCCGGCUUUGCUGAAGCCCUUGAAGGAGACAUUGUUGGCUUUGUUGAGACCUAAUGAAGAUGCAGUUGGGGGAGGCUUGCCCUUGAAUGCUCUUGCAACUUCCCUCCAGGUUGCCAUGGGUAGGAGGCUUGGUAUCGAAGAACCCCAGCUUAUGAAAAUAAUGAGAGCGACUCUUCACACGCACAAUGAGUGGUUUAAACUUCAAAUGUGUAAAGAUCGGUUUGAAGGACUCCUAAAGAUUGACUCACUGAAAGACGUUAGUAGUCCUUUGCUUACCGAUGCUAGUGUUGCUAAGUCAAAUGCAGAUACUAGUACCCACGGAUCUUCUCAAGUGACAAUAUCUUCAAGCAGCAGGAUGCAUGAAGAUGGCAGCAGCCCGACACAAGUGUCAUCAACAGAAGUUGUCUGUGAUGAAAAUGCAAUACUUAAAGUAAUGGAAUUUCUUGCUUUGCCACGGGCAGAUGCCAUCCAUCUUCUUGCACAGUACAAUGGAGAUGCCGAGAUUGUCAUUCAGCAGAUAUUUGCUUAGUUUGGAUUGUUUACACUCUAGUCGAAAUAAUGUUAUUUGUUCAUUUUAUCAUGGAUAUCACAUCACUUGUGCACAUAUUUGCGAUGUAGAUAUAGAAACUAUUACUAGUUGUCAAGGGAAAGCCAAUUUUCUGUACAAUUUCAUUUGGUUGUUUUCUUUAGAAAUUCUGUCGCGCAAUAAAUUAUUUGAUUGAUUUUUUUUUUUUCCCGGGAUUA